UACUCCUCCAGUUCAGCGCAUCCAUACUCUGCUUGCAACGACCCUUAGUUGUAGUUGAUGAAGUUGCUUUUACCAUACGAUUAGUUAUUAUUUGAAUAUAUAUUUAGUGCUAAAUAUUAGAGUGAUUUUCUUUGUACUUCUUUCGAGUCGCCGGCCGCUUCCAAGAUGGUGAACGCUGUUAAAGUUUUCAAGAAGACCGCUCCUAAUGGGAAGCUGACGGUGUACCUCGGACGCCGCGAUUUCGUGGACAACACGGUGGUCACGGAGCCCGUGGAUGGCGUCGUGCUGCUGGAUAACGACUACCUCAAGGGCCGCAAGGUCUUCGCUACCGUCACGGUGACGUACCGCUUUGGUCGAGAGGAGGAUGAGGUCAUGGGCCUGAACUUCAGCAAAGAGCUUCAGCUAACUGCUCAGCAGAUCUUCCCAGCGUCCGGCAAGGAUCCCGCCAUCAACGAGGUGCAGGAGCGCCUGGUGCGCAAGCUGGGGCCCACCGCCCACCCUUUCGCUGUCAACCUCCCCUGCAUCGCCCCCGCCUCUGUCAUACUACAGAGUCAUGAGACGGCCAAGCCCCUCGGCGUUAUAUACGAGCUGAAGGUGUUCGUCGCUGAGACCCCGGACGAGAAGCUGCAUAAGCGCAACUCCGUCAGCCUCGCCGUCAGGAAGGUGCAAUACGCGCCUCAGGAGCGAUGCACCAGGCAGCCAAGCACCCUCGUGUCCAAGGGCUUCACCCUCAGCUCUGGUAAACUCAACCUCGAGGUCACUCUUGAGAAGGACAUCUACUACCACGGCGAGCAGAUUAUCGCGAACUUGGGUAUCAACAACUGCAGCCGCAAGACCGUGAAGAACAUCAAGUGUUCUGUGGUGCAGCAUGUGGAGGUCACUAUGACCAAUACUCACUUCACUCGCAUCGUGGCGAGCCUUGAGUCGAAGGAAGGCUGCCCCAUCACCCCAGGCAGCAACCUGCAGAAGGCCUUCCAGCUCCACCCCACCGCAACCACCAACAAAAACAAGGGCGGCGUGGCCCUUGAUGGCAAACUCAAGGACAGUGACGCAAACCUUGCGUCAUCGACGCUGGUGGCUGUUGGCCAGAACCCCAACGAUGCGCUGGGUAUCGUCAUCUCAUACAGCCUGAGGGUGGUCCUUAACUGCGGCGCCUUGGGCGGGGAGUUGGUCGCUGAUCUCCCCUUCAAGCUGGUCCAUCCUUCCCCAGCGCUGAACAUGGCGGUGAAGAAGGCGUUGCAGUCGACGCCAAGUCAGGACAGUGCGGACAACAUCGUCUUCGAGGACUUCGCCAGGAUCCGACGCGGCAUGAGCGUCGACCAGCCUUAAGAGCUCAGCCACCGCAUGCCAUGGAAGAGGAAGAAAAGCUUGUUGAGGAGAAUGAGAACUUAUAUCAAAAGAAGCGAAUGGUCAA